AUGCGUAAACAUAUAAAUUUACGCACUACAGAAACUGGAGUACAAAUGGGAAAUGCAUGCUGUAAACUUUAUCGUUUAGAACAUAGUAUACAACUAAAUGGUUUGAUACUAACUGUUGAAUUCUUUAAUCAACAAGAUAUUGCAGUUAAUUGUCAACCUCCAGCAUCCAGACAUAAUGGUGACUUAGCUCAAGAUCAAAGAGCUGUACGUAUGCUAAGUAAUACAACUGCAAUUUCAGAAGCAUGGAUGAAACUGGAUGGUAAACUUGAUUUAAUGUAUUCGGAACACGAAUUUGCUCAUUGGUAUGUAAAUGAAGGUAUGAAAGAAAGUGAAUUCAGUGAAGCAUAA